AUGAGGGUAUUCGAAUCGCUCAACUGCAUUGCUUGUAAGGAACCGUUUGCUCGAGUUGCCAAUCAACCUCGAUCUCCACGACAUUUGUAUUGUGGAUUGGCCAUGUGCAAUGAAUGUUUCGAGAAAGAGGAGACGUUGGAACAAGAAAAGAGAAAUCAUCGAUGUAAACAUGGUUUUUGUUUUAAUCACCCAAACUUUGCCUACUUUUUGAUUGAUGUUUUGUCACAAGAAAGCGCUUUGGUGUUUACUCCAAUGGGAUAUUUGCUUGUGAAGCCUUUCAAAAUUCCGGAAUGUUCAAUUUGUCAUGACGAAUAUUCGAAUGAAAUUGAGGCGAAGAAAUCGUUGGCUCUUCGCUGCAAUGAAUGCCACGAAAAGAAUAUUAUCGACAAGAUGUUUUACUGUAGCGCAUGUAGCUUUGAAGUUUGUGGGGCUUGUGCUUACGUGAAACAUCAUUUGCACGGAGCCACUCCGUUAUUGAAGAAAAAGGCUAACCAAAUGUUAACGGGACUUCAGCAAAAGUCAAGAAAUGUCAUCAAGACGUGCAAGUAUGUGGUUCCUGAAUUGCACAAGGGACUUUUUGAGAGCAUUGACAUUUUUGAAACGAAAUUGCUUUCGAAAGAGGAAACUCUCAAGGACGCAUCAACUUUUGCCGAUUUACGGGAGAAACAUGAAUCAUUCACAAAGAUCAAGUCCAAAUUUGAGUCAUCUGCUGAGAAUUACUUGCCUCAUUUGCGCAAAUUCGACAAAGAAGUUAAGGAAUUGAUUCAAACUCUCGACGAGACUCCUGAUAUCAAGAAAUCCAAA